AUGACAACAUCAAAACAGAUCAUCUUUCCCCCAUCACAUAACAUCAACAACAGAGACCCAUCACAUAACAACAUCAACAGAGACCCAUCACAUAACAUCAACAGAGACCCAUCACAUAACAUCAACAGAGAUCCAUCACAUAACGUCAACAGAGACCCAUCACAUAACAUCAACAGAGACCCAUCACAUAACGUCAACAGAGACCCAUCACAUAACAUCAACAGAGACCCAUCACAUAACAACAUCAACAGAGACCCAUCACAUAACAUCAACAGAGACCCAUCACAUAACAUCAACAGAGACCCAUCACAUAACAUCAACAGAAACCCAUCACAUAACAUCAACAGAGACCCAUCACAUAACAUCAACAGAGAUCCAUCACAUAACAUCAACAGAGAUCCAUCACAUAACAUCAACAGAGAUCCAUCACAUAACAUCAACAGAGACCCAUCACAUAACAUCAACAGAGAUCCAUCACAUAACAUCAACAGAGACCCAUCACAUAACAUCAACAGAGACCCAUCACAUAACAUCAACAGGCAUCAACCCUCCGCCCUACAGAACAUCCUGACAACAUAA